AUGUCCCUCGCCGCACGGGCCUUCCCCAUCCUCUCGCGCGCCGCGUCCACCUCGGCCGCCUCGACUGGCAAGCACAAGGUCGUCGUCGUCGGUGCCGGCACUGGCGGUCUCACUGCCGCCAACCAGAUCUACAACACGCUCAAGGCGCAGGGCAAGACGCUCGCCGACGGCGACAUUGCCAUCAUUGACGCGGCCAAGACGCACGACUACCAGCCCGGCUUUACGAUUGUCGGCGGCGGCCUCGCCGACAAGACCAAGUUCCGCCGCGACCUCGACUCGAUCAUCCCCAAGCAGUUUGAGCACAUUCACCAGAACGUCAAGACGUUCGAGCCCGGAACCAACCAGGUCGUGCUCGCCGACGGAACAAAGGUCGGCUACGAGUACCUCGUCGUCGCGCCCGGCAUCGAGCUCAAGUGGUCCAAGGUCAAGGGCCUGCCCGAGGCCAUUGCCAACCCGGCCCAGUCCAAGGUCGGCUCAGUCUACUCGUACGACACGGUCGACAAGGCCUGGGACCUCAUCCGCGACUUCCAGCCCGGCAACGGCGAGGCCGUCUUCACGCAACCCUUCGGCCCCGUCAAGUGCGCCGGCGCGCCCCAGAAGGUCGCCUACCUCUCCAACUCGUACUGGAAGAGCCAGGGCCGCAGCGACAUCCACUCGACGUUCGUGACCGGCAUCGGCGCCAUGUUCGGUGUCCCCCACUACGCCAAGGCGCUCAACGCGCUCCGCGAGUCCAAGGGCAACAUUGACGCCAAGUUCAACUCGAACCUCGUCGAGGUCAAGGACAAGGUCGCCGUGUUUGAGAAGGUUGCCGGCGACGAUGUUGGCAGCAAGUACGAGGUGCCCUUCGGCCUGCUCCACGUCGUCCCUCCCCAGGGCGCGUACGACUUUGUCAAGAACUCGGCCAUCGCCGACGCUGCGGGUUUUGUCGAGGUUGACGACUUCACCACCCAGCACAAGAAGUACGAGAACGUCUUCUCGCUCGGUGACGCGUCGUCGCUCCCCACGUCCAAGACGGCCGCCGCCAUCUCGGCCCAGGCCCCCGUGCUUGUUCACAACCUCCUCACGCACCUCGAGACGGGCAAGAUGGGCUCGGCCCGCUACGACGGCUACACGUCGUGCCCCCUGUUCACUGGCGACAACAAGCUCCUCCUCGCCGAGUUCAGGUACGGCGGUGAGCUCCAGGAGACGUUUGCCCGCUGGGGCCUCAACCAGGCCAACCCCAACGCCUUCACCUACUACCUCACCAAGGACUUCUUCCCCGCGGCUUACUUUGCCAAGUUUGUCAAGGGCGAGUGGUACGGCCCCCGCACCAUCUUCCCUCCUUCCUACCUCUAA